CAAGUUAUUUAAAUUAGUUUCUAUAAUAGUUAAAGGAAUAUUUUGACUUGGAUCUUUCUUUGCGAGAGAGAGAGAGAGAGAGAGAGAGAGAGAGAGAUGGACUCUUGUGGGCUGUUAUAAAUUCAGUAGGAUUAAUAUACUGCACAUUUAUUUGCUCAAUUAUGAGUUCUUUACCACCUAUACGAGAAGACAGGAUCAUCCAUGAGCUCCCGCUGUUUUUUACAAGCGAUGCUGCAGUGCACACCAAAACAGACUUCCAUGUUACUGUGCAAACUGCAUGUCAGAAGUCAGACUCACUGAGAUUCACAGUAGCCAAGGUCAUAGUUGUGGGUGAUGUUUCUGUGGGGAAAACAAGUUUGAUCAACAGGUUUUGCAGGGGCACUUAUGAGAAAGGCUACAAAGCCACCAUCGGAGUGGACUUUGAGAUGGAGAGGUUUGAAAUCCUGGGAGUGCCUUUCAGUCUACAGCUGUGGGAUACUGCAGGUCAGGAGAGGUUUAAAUGUGUUGCUUCCACCUACUAUAGAGGAGCUCAAGCCAUCAUAGUGGUGUUUGACUUAAGCAACUACUAUUCCCUGGACCAUGCAAGGCAGUGGCUUGAAGAUGCCAUGAUAGACAACGAUCCUUCCAGCGUGCUGCUCUUCCUUGUAGGGACAAAGAAAGACCUGAGUCAUCCAGAUGUGUUGGAUAAAAUGGAGCAAGAAGCCAUCAGAUUUUCAGAGGAGAUAAGAGCCGAGUACUGGGCUGUGUCCGCUCUCUCGGGAGAGAGUGUAAGGGAUUUCUUUUUCCGGGUCGCAUCGCUGACCUUUGAGGCCCGUGUAUUAGCUGAAUUAGAGAGGAACAAUAAUAAACAAUCAGACGGUAUUGUUAAAAUCACGGAUCACGAUGACAAAACAUCAAAAAAGAAGCAGGCAAACUGCUGUAACUAAGCGAACUAAGAAGCAGGAUUCGUGUGUAUGAACAUCUCAGAGACAGAGACCAAGAUCAACACAAUGUGACUACAGACUGCGGCACGGGACUCAAUCUCCAGCUCUGCUGAAUCAUGUGACCUUGUUGAGCUGCUAAUCCUAAAAUUGCAGAUUAUGAGCCAAGUUUUAGGCAUUCAAAAUUUGCCACACUGUUGUGCAGAGACAAAAGAAUUUGCUUUUUGCCUUAUUGUUGCAUUUGAAUUGAUGUUAUAGAAACAGUUUACUAUGUGCAUGUGUUGCUUGUCACUGUUUUUUAAGCAUUCAUCUUUUUAAAAUUCAUCUUUGAAACAGGUCCUUCUUUUCAACAGAUUUCCUAUUGAAAUAAACAGAUACAUUUAUGUACACUGGUUUUAUUAAUGCAAAAAAAAAGAGAAAUCUUAUAAUCAGAGUAUGUGAAUGCAAAGUUGUGUACACAGAGAAAGCCUUCUGUGUAAAAAACCAUUAGACAACGUUGUUCUUUUUAAAGGCCCUCUGAGGAUUUUGCCCACUUGAGUGUAAUCUUUGUGUCCUUCACCACAUCAUGUGUUUCUUAAUAUGAGACACGCGCUAAUACCCAUGACCAGAAAUGGCAGAGCCCCAGACUGGAUUCCCAGCAUGAACAAAAUUGAAGUAUUAUUCUUCAGGGCUUGGAAUAACAAAAAUACAGCAACAAGGAUUUUCCUUCAGGUGUCUAACAAAUAGACUGCAGGUUUGAUUGUUGUUGUGACAUGAACGUUACAUGCAUGGUCACAAUCAGACAUAAAUUUGACAUUUUGUAGGUUGAAAAAAGUAUUUAAAAAAGUAUAGGUCAACUUUUUUGGUUCUUCGUUAUACAGUGGUGAAUGAUUAAGACAAAACAGGUAGAAAUGCAUCACAAUAGUGAAGUAGUAAUAUACAUGACAAAACAACACAAUCAUGUUUCAAGCUUGUUUUCUGUUAAAAAGAGAAUAAAGUUGUCAGUAUGAUA